GAGAAAAGCACAUAAAAACUACGAUUCUAUUGUAGUUUCUCUCAGAUACUGUGUCAUUUGGUUUGAAGAAGAGUGGUAGAAAACAGAGAGCAAAGUGAAGAAGAAACCAUGAAUGCACCCGAUCGUUACGAGCGUUUCGUCGUUCCCGAAGGCACCAAAAAGGUUGCGUACGAGAGGGACACGAAGAUCAUCAACGCAGCAUCUUUCACCAUUGAAAGAGAAGAUCACACUAUCGGCAACAUCCUUCGCAUGCAGCUUCACAAAGACCCUAAUGUGUUAUUCGCUGGAUACAAACUUCCUCAUCCUCUUCAGUACAAAAUUAUCAUCAGGAUACACACAACCAGCCAGUCUUCACCAAUGCAAGCAUAUAACCAGUCUAUUAAUGAUCUGGAUAAGGAACUUGAUACCUUGAAGAGUGGUUUUGAGGCGGAGUUGUUGAAGUUUUCGAAGGACUAUUGACUUGCAACAGUCAAGAUGGAAAUUGCGAGUUAGAAGCAGAUCACUCCAGUUAAAUGGAAUUUAAAUAGAAUAUUUUGUAUGGAAUUCAAAGUUGUAUCAACAAAAAUGUCUAACUCUUUCGUACCAUGUUAAGUUUAAACUACCAAAUAUUAGUUUAGUCGUGUCACAUGGAUCUUGUGGAUCAUGGAUUUCAUGUCUUACUCUUUCGUACCAUGUUAAGUUAACUCUGUGAAGAGCAUCUGGUGGUAUGUAACUGGUUAUGCAUGUGUUUGUUUGCCCGUUAAAAAAGCCGAACCAAACACAGGCUACUAGUAAUGAAAGCAGUGUUAAUCUAUGAUGAUGCCACAUUUACAUUUA